UCCGCAGCAGUCCAGCACCCAGACUGAAGGGGGCACUCUAGAGUCGAACAGACCAGCAGAGCAGGAGUUUCACCAGAAAGGGUUCAAUGAGCUUCUUAAGAUCAGAUUUAUGACAGUACAGUUAAUUACAGUUUAUGUAAUUCUCGGUUCGACAUGCAUGUGCAAAUAAUACUUUUCAACUCCCGUCCCGGUAACAAUGGAGCUCCUGUUCCCGAGAACUUCCGACUGGAGGACACGAGUCUGCAGCCUGACCUGAACGAAGGAGAGGUCCUCGUCCGGACGCUCUACCUGUCGGUCGACCCCUACAUGAGAUGUCGUAUGAACGAGGACACCGGCGCCGGGUACCUAACCCCGUGGAGGCUGUCGGAGGUGGCGGACGGCGGGGGGGUCGGGCGGGUCGAGGCCAGCCGCUGGGACGCACUGGCCCCGGGGGACGUGGUCACCUGCUUCAACUGGCCCUGGGCCACGCACGGCGUGCUCAAGGGGAGCGCCCUGCACAAGAUGGACCCCCAGCUGGUGGACGGCCACCUGUCCCACCUGCUGGGUGCGGUGGGAUUGACGGGCCUCACCGCCUUACUGGGAAUCCGGGAGAAGGGUCAUGUGACCCAGGGGGCCAACCAGACCCUGGUGGUCAGCGGGGCGGCUGGCGCCUGUGGAUCCAUCGCUGGACAGGUGGGCCGUCUGGACGGCUGCUCCCGGGUACUGGGGGUCUGCGGCUCGCGGGAGAAGUGCGCCGCCCUGGUGGACGAGCUGGGCUUCACGGCCGCCAUCAACUAUCGCCGUGACGACGUGGACGCCCGCCUGAAGGAGUGCUGCCCCGACGGCGUCGACGUCUACUUCGACAACGUGGGCGGAGCCAUCAGUGACGCGGUCAUAUCGCAGAUGAACAGUGGGGGCCAUGUGGUCCUGUGCGGCCAGAUCUCCCAGUACAACAAGGACGUGCCGUACCCCCCCCCGCUGGACCCCCGCACCCAGGAGACCCUCCUUCGCCAGGGCAUCACGCGCGAGCGCUUCACCGUGCUCAGCUACAUGGACCAGAUGGACGCGGCGCUGCUGCAGCUCAGCACAUGGGUCCGGUCGGGCCAGCUCAAGGUUCGGGAGACGGUGGUGGACGGCUUAGAGAACAUGGGAGUGGCAUUCUGCUCCAUGAUGGAAGGCGGGAACAUCGGCAAACAAAUCAUAAAGGUAUCGGAUUGAAGGAAAUCGACGUAGCCACAGCAACCAACCAUUCUCAUGAAAGGUCUUGAUGAAAAUGGCUCCACCUCUCGUGGCCUUGAUAUAGAUUUGUACACAUGUACCACUGAUCUAAAAAUGUGAGAUUAACUUGAACCCUCAUCUUAAAAUGAAGUCACACAACUGUAAUCAUUGUUUUGAAUUCAGUUUCAGUUCUUUGUAAGAGAAAUUAAGGGCAAUAACUUGAGCUAGAAUAUCUGAAGUCUAUUUUAGUUUUAGUGUUGUAGACGGGGCAAAGUCCAGUGAGCCUUUGUCACUUGUAGAGUUACAAGGAUGUGAGUUGUUUCCUGUUUUGUGUAACCUAGUAAUGUAUUUAACAAUGUCAUUGUGAUACACACCUGUCAAGUCCAUUGUCAUUAUCCAAGAAGAACACAUCCACAGUUUCCCGUCAUGAACAGUUUAUUUCACAGCACUAUAAACCAUUUACAAAAUAAAAACUUGAUUUCAAUUCAUUUCAUUUGUCACAAUAAAAAGAUGUGGCAGGUUUCAUUUCAUCUAUUCAUCCGUAUACUUUAUAUACUAUAAUACUAUUAUUACCACAGGGGAAGUAGAGGAAUAAUUGAAACAGCAGUACAUCAAAUAUGAUGUGUACAACAGAGCAAAAAUGAUUAUAACAGAGCAAAAACAUCAGUCCCAUUAUCCUGCGAUAAUUAAUCAAAUGUGCAGCAUGAUUACAACCACUUGAACGGUUCCCCCAGUCGUUGAGUUGUUUUUGGGAGGCGGCUAUGAUACUGGCAAGUUCAACUUGUAAUUUUUUUGUACUCUUACGCAAAAUAAAACUAAUUAUAAUCCCAUGCAUUCAAAAAACAAAUAACAUCGGUAAAAUAUUGCAAAGCUGAGGAAAGAAUACAAGUCAUUCAACCACCGAAUCUGCCCUGUAUCGCCCCCUAGUGGACGUGUCACAUAGUUAGAUCAUACAUAUGAUAACCGGGUAACAAUAAAUAAUCGAUGUGUGUAAUACACACCAUGAAUUACAUUUUAUUAAAUUCUCUCAAAAUAAUCCUUAUAACUCGUUUGAGCAGCUCGUUGUGCCAGGCUAGGUAUUCUGUGCCAUGACAACAACCAGAUGGGAGGUUUGCUAGCAUCGUCUGUACUCUUAUAGACCCUGCUACUGACCCCUUGCCUACUCUGAGUGACCCACGGAGAGAUUCAGUGCAUUAACUACGUCCAUCUCCUUAAUAAAAGUAUUGAUGGGAUAUUUCACACAAAUUGUAACACAGAAACUGGUUCAAUCAAUUCCUUCAUUGGGUAUUACAUUUUGUCCUUUGUUCCACAUUCAGUUCAACCACCCAGCUAGUGUCCAGCCCCUGGCUGAAUAAGGCCCAUACGAUUUGAAUCUCCUUACAUAUUGUGUAGUAGGCAAGAGUUGUGUGUCCGAAAUCAUACUCGACAUUCUUGGGGUGCAAACUAAGGGCCGUGGCUUGGAUUACCCAUGAUGCCUUUAGCCAGGAGGACGAUCGUCUGAACCCAAACUUUGAAAUGCUUAUGAUUACCGAUACGACCGGUAGCAGCCACCCCGAAGAAAAGGCAACCGUUUGGAUAAAACUGUGAGGCCUUCAGGUUGAAUUCUGCGACUACGUUCUGAGUCCAAAGAGAGGGUACGCAUCCUAACAGGCCGCCAGAACACCCCCCUAUACUCCACAGGUGUGGCUGCAGCCCCCAUAUCACAUUCAGACUGUUGCGUGCUUCUUUUCUUCGUUAAGAGUGUUUUAAACCACUCUGUGGCUCAGUCAAUGAUUCUUUUUUUACUGCUAGACGGUAACUAAUAGUCCUCUUUACUGACGGACAGAACAAACCACGUACCGGUUAGACGGAUGUCAUUCACAUCCUCCACUAUAGGAACACUUUGGGGAAUCGCCCUCAGAAGGCCGACGGGGGAAUCUACCACCGCGGGACUCGGUGUACCGGCCCCCCGGCGACGAGGAUCACACGAGUACGGGUUUAACGGCGAUAAUGUGGAGGAUAAUCACUUAACGGGAGGACGAUCAACGGCACACCGAUACAAUCGAUGCAUAAUCAACGGGAUCGUACGACGGCAGCGCUGUGGGGUCGUGGUAUUGCUCCGUCGCGGUUUCGUUGAGCUACCAAGGUGUAUAAAAUACCAGUAAAGAUUCCUGAAGUGCAACUGGGAGCGUCGGUCUGUUCUUGAAAGAAAAAAAAUACCUCAUGCGCCCCCAGAAAUGUUAGCUUAGCGUUCUUCCCUUUUGUUUGUUAUUGUUACGAUAGCAGUGACAAACACACGCAUUCACACGCGCACACACACACACACACACACACACACACACACACUGACACACACACGCAGGUUAGUUUCUUUCACUGAGAGCUCUGUGGUGUUAAUCUUGGAGGAUGACUGUUAGUGGCAGUGGAGCUCUGUGCAGGAGGGACUAGACUAAUCUAGGGGUCCUUUCAGCGAGGACUCCCCUGCUCUCAGCCAGCCAGAGCUUCAAAGAGCAGAGCUUCCUGGUAUAAGGGCGCGUCGGUAGGUUGGAUUUGGGCGGUAAACACGUGCACUCGAGGGAAGAGGAGGGAAUUUUUGAGAAGAAACAACAAUUUCUUAAUUAUUACUUCUUUGGCAGUGGUUAUGCGCGUUCCCAGGGCAAUGCGUCCCCAUUAACUGCUAGGGCAUCAUUAGGUUACGUAAACGUUGGUUGA